AUCGUAGCAGCCACUGUUGGCAUUGAGGAGGACGCGUUUUAACAUAGUCGGGAGUUUUGCAAGGACAGGCGAGUUUAUUUGCAGUUUUAUCGUGAAGUGAUCAGACGAAACGUUAGAAAGCGUCGAUUAUAUGCGGUCGUUAAGUACACAUAGGUUUUUAACCGACUAAUAACCACUUGUAACACGGGAAGUUUUGAUUUAAAUUCGCACUUCACUUAGCCUGACUGAAGAAGCUAACUUGUCUAACGUUAGCUUUUAACAUAGCAAGCUAGCACGGACAAGGAUGACCGGUUAAUGUUGGCUUCAGCAGGCUAUAAUUCCGCGUUAUUGUGACAUUUUAUAGUGUAAACUUAUCUUAUUUUAAAAUAGAAUUUUAUAGGGCUUUGUUGGUUCUUUAUUAAGCUGAACAAAACAUUCUGUGAAGAUGAGCGCUGGAAUAGUGAAGGCGGCCAAGCCGGCCUCUCACGUCGACCCCAAAUCUGCACCGCUUAAAGAGAUUCCUGAUAUUUUAGUGGACCCGCGGACUAUGAAGAGGUAUAUGAGGGGCCGUUUCCUCGGAAAGGGGGGUUUUGCUAAAUGCUAUGAAAUAACAGACAUGGACACUAAAGAAGUUUUCGCCGGGAAAGUGGUGCCCAAGGCUCUUCUCCUGAAGCCUCACCAGAAGGAGAAGAUGAGCACCGAAAUCUCUAUUCACAAAAGCCUGGACAAUCAGCAUGUCGUAGGCUUUAAGGGCUUCUUUGAGGACGACGAUUUCGUGUUUGUGGUCCUGGAAAUUUGCCGCAGAAGGUCUCUAUUGGAACUGCACAAGCGGCGAAAGGCAGUGACGGAACCCGAGGCCCGCUACUUCAUGCGUCACACCAUCCAGGGCUGCCAGUACCUCCACAAUAACCGAGUCAUCCACCGCGACCUCAAGCUGGGCAACCUCUUCCUCAAUGAGGAAAUGGAGGUCAAGAUAGGGGACUUUGGACUGGCCACGCGCAUCGAGUUUGACGGCGAGAGGAAGAAGACGCUGUGUGGGACGCCCAACUACAUCGCCCCCGAGGUCCUCUGCAAGAAGGGACACAGCUUUGAGGUGGACAUCUGGUCCCUGGGCUGCAUCCUGUACACACUGCUGGUGGGGAAGCCUCCAUUUGAGACGUCGUGUCUGAAGGAAACGUACGUUCGCAUCAAGAAGAACGAGUACGCCAUCCCACGGCACAUCAGUCCCGUAGCGGCGGCGCUGAUCAAACGCAUGCUGCACGCUGAGCCGUCCCUGCGCCCCACCAUCGCCGAUCUCCUGACGGACGAGUUCUUCACCAGCGGCUACGUGCCCGUGCGCCUCCCCACCUCCUGCCUCACCGUCGCCCCGCGCUUCUCCAUCGCCCCCGGCUCCCUCGAGCCGCCCCGGCGACCGCUCACCGCCAUCAACAAUGGUACAGACAGCCCCCUGGAGAAACUUGGGAAGGGUGAACAGAAAGAUGAGCAACAGCCAGGUGACACUCAGGAGUCUGUGGACACACACCUGUCCGACCUGCUGCAGCAGCUCACCAGCCUGAACAACGCCAAACCCUCAGAGAGGGCCGUCAUCCGCCAGGAGGAGUCAGAGGACCCUGCCUGUAUUCCCAUCUUCUGGAUCAGCAAAUGGGUGGACUACUCUGACAAAUACGGUCUAGGUUAUCAGCUGUGUGAUAACAGCGUGGGUGUGUUAUUUAACGACUCCACACGGCUCGUCCUGUAUGACGAUGGCGACACGCUGCAGUACAUCGACCGCAACUCCGCCGAGUCCUACCUCAGUGUCCGCACCUACCCAUCAACUCUGGCAAAGAAGAUCACGCUGCUGAAGUACUUCAGGAACUACAUGAGUGAGCACCUGCUGAAGGCGGGCGCCAACAUCACGCCGCGGGACGGAGACCAGCUGACGCGCCUGCCCUUCCUGCGCCACUGGUUCCGCACCAAGAGCGCCAUCGUGCUCCACCUCAGCAACGGCAGCGUGCAGAUCAACUUCUUCCAGGACCACACUAAGGUGAUCCUGUGCCCUCUGAUGGGAUCGGUGACCUACAUCGACGAGCGGCGCGAGUUCCGCACGUACCGCAUGAGCGUGAUGGAGGAGUUUGGCUGCAGCCGCGAGCUGGCCAGCCGCCUGCGCUACGCCCGCAACAUGGUGGAGAAGCUGCAGGCCUGCAAGACCGCCCCUGCACAGCGCUGAGACCACACACACACACGGACAUCCAUCCAUCCCCCUUUGGCACACACACCCUCACACACGCAUAUACCCUCAGACCUCCGGUCACAGGAAGUGGUCUGUCUAGAGCCCUGUCAGUCUCCUGAUGAAUUGUGGGAUAGUGGUAGUUUGGAGGCCUUGUCAGUUGAUCAUGUACUGCGCUCUGUCUCUGUGCGUUUCUCUCUCUCUCUCUCUGUGUGUCUGUCUGUCUCUCUCGGUGUGGAUUUAUUUGUUUAUUCUCUCCAUCUGUAUAAUAUGAGAAAGUUCUGUGUUUACCAGGUGUUUGUUUUUUUAUCAUCUUUAAUAUUACAAAUUUAAUAAAGAUCUUUGUCUUAUUA